AUGUACGAGACAAGUCCUACUAUGGAGCAAGCGCAGCAAUGGCCCAUGCAGCAACCCUUACCCACGCCAAUCGACCAGUCAAGCCAUAACGAGCAGGAUAUCUAUGACGACCAAGAGCUCAUCGUGGACACCGAGGGCCUUCCUCAAUUGGACACUAUCGAAGCAGACUCAGGCAUUGAAGAUGCUGUUCACGAGGAUGAGACAAUCCCAGUCGACAACCACCCAACUGUUCAGUCCUCAGCGACUGAGAACAGCACAUCGCUCAGUCCAUCUGCCUCCACAGAGAUUGGUCCAAGCGAGCCUCUUGCCCAUGAGGUUGGUAUGCUGUCAUUGGCCAACUCCAAGGAGUCCAAAUAUCUCGGCCCCUCCUCGGGCGUACCCUUUGCGCGCCUCACCUUCUCAGCCAUACCUCAAUCUCAAGGCUUGUCAGUGAGCCGGUCAGCCCCAGAAGGAGGGACAGUGGCGCGGAAACCUUCGCCUGCCCAUCAUCCCUUUCCACCUCAUUGGACGUCUGAAGUCGACUUGCAGCAUUUUGCACACGCAUACUUCCAAACUCUCCAUCCCCUAUACCCGUUCCAUUCAGUUCAAGUAUUUCUUGUUCUCGCGUUGGGUGCUCGAAUCUUGGAGUCUCGGCUCUCCGUAGAGUUCUCAUCUGAGAGGUAUCUCGCCACAGCUAUGCAACGGAUUGGCACCCUGGCUUUGCAUGACAGCAUAGAAGGACUACAGAUCAUGCUUUUGCUAGCCUUGACCAGCUUCUACUUAUUAUCAGUCGUCCUUGGACGUCCUUUAACCCUUCGAGACGAGGCUAUUGAUAUAGAGUUUCCUGGCCAUGUAGGUCAUCCUGGAGAUCAUGCAGGGGACUCUGUCGGCAGCAGUGCGUUGACACCAGAGAGCGCUCGCUCUCCGCACCACUCAACAAAACGGGCAAGGGUCAUGGUCAAUCCGUAUGCAGCUGCGCAAUACUCUUUCAAAUUCGACCAAAUUGCGGCUGAAAUCAAGCUGAUGAUAUACCGUGUCGUCAAUCUGCCAAACAGGUUCCCAUGGCCUACGGACUUCGACACCUGGCAGCCGGAUGUCCGCAAGCGCUGCGACGCGACGCACUACUUGAAGGGCUCAGAGCUGAGUUUCGUCGGGGCUUUCGGCGAAGUACUUCGGAUGGUGUCGUACAAAAUCUCGAGCUGA